AUGCCUGGUCCCGCAAAGGACGGUCAAUACACGCCCGUUGCUGGUCAAUUCGAGUCGUUGACGAGCACGAACAGUUUCACCAACUUUUGCCUGACUCAAAACGUUCCAUCCGACAGCACACAAAUUCGUGACGGCUCGUGCAAUGUCGUUCUGCCUAUGGGGCGUAUCAUGGACAAGUUCCCCUUUGCCAAAUUCUUCUCGCCGUUCACCGUCAAGUUCAAGAUUCGCAACGUGAAAGUGGGUGUGUUUACGAAUGCGCUGGCCAACUAUUACGCUGCGCUGGCCGAAGAGAACAACCAGGGCCUCUUGAUUCGACACUCGCACUUGGUCAUUGAGCCGGUCAAGUCGCUCGACGAAACCGACCCGAAGGAUCCGCUGAACCAAGUUUGCGUUUUUCAAGGGAUUGAACGCGCUGCUCCAUGGCGAAAGCACACUCUCGACUACGUUGGACAAGGCUCUCUCUCCGGGUGUUCAGCAUCAACACGGGCGCCAGGCAUCAGCCUGCACGUUUCAGCGACCAUAUUGACGCUCAACUCUGAACCAGCCUUGUACCUGACCCUUAUCAUCUUCAACGAUGUCGGAUAUUUCAUCGCAUUUGCAGAAGAUUGUGCGACCCUCCCAAUCGCGAAGUAA